AAACUCAGGACAUCGGCGUCGCACCGGCCGGACGUUGGCUGCUGAGCUGAAGUCACAUUGAAGAAGAAAAGGCCGGUCACAGUAACAACAGGUGACGUAACACAGCUGUUUAAUGACACGUGACCAAUCGACAGAUUCCUGAUGACGACAUCUGGAUGAUCAUCAACAAUGUUUACUUCAAAGGUCGUCCCUCGUCUGAGUCUGUUACGUAGAGCGACAUGUGCACUUCAGCCCAGUGGGGACAUUCUGACCAGACGUGUGCCGCCAGUGUUUCCUGCUUCCUGCUUCUUGCUGCGACAGAACCUUAGUAACUACUCGACGGCAGCGGACAACACAGCUCCUCCUCGAUGGACGCAGCUGGAGCCGGAACUCGACGAGGCCCUCGUGCCACGUAAACUGUCGAUGAGUCCUCUGGAGAGCUGGCUCUCCCUGCGCUACUCCCUCCCCCCACUGCCAGAGGCCGUUCGGCUCCUGGAGGAGGAGAGCGUGGGGUGGCUGGAGGAGAAGGUGCUACCACCCGUCACCGUGCCUGUUGUACUGGAGGAUGGGAAGGGCUCGGCGACGCCCCUCAGUUGUAAGAAUGUUCUGAAGAUCCGGCGGCGGAAGAUGAACCGGCACAAAUACAGGAAGCUGCAGAAGCGAAUUAAGUUCUUGAAGAGGAGAGUGUUGGAGAGCCGAGGGAGGAAGAAGCAGAAACGGUUCGAGGAGGAUCUGACAAGGAUCUGGACGCGGGCCGGACUGAAGAGGGCUCCGGAGGGAUGGAGCACUCCGAAGAUCUUCAUCAAACAGCACGGGAACAAAAGACAGUGACUGAACGCUCGCGGUGUCGAUGGCCCGUGCGACACUUUAUACAAAGUCUCUGCUUCUCUCUUGUGAUUUGCAGCUCGGUCGAUGCUCGUCUCUCUGGUGAGGUCAUUAUUCUGUAUGAAGACGCUGUGAAACAAUAAUUUUUCAACAAAGUGUACGAGAUCUAAUAAAAGCUUUUUUCUGUCAA